CCGCCCGCCCGGGGCUGCCGAGGGGCGGCGGCCGUGCCGGGGGCGGGCCCGAGGGCCGGGCCGCCGCAUAUAAAGUUGGCAGCCGGCACGGCUCUCUAGCGGCGGAGUCGGUGGUGAUCUCUGUUCCUGUGUGCAGUAGCAGCGCUUCCUCGCUGUCCCGCCCGACCCGAGGCGGUGCGAGAAGAGACCCGCGGCUUCACCUCUCCGCCGCGGCCGCUGCCGCUUCCCCCGGCACCCCCCGCCUCCCGCGGGGCGCAGAGGCCAUGUUCCCGCCGGACUCCACCUGGAAUAUCUCCUUCGCCGGCUGCGGCUUCCUGGGGGUCUACCACAUCGGCGUGGCCAGCUGCCUGCAGGAACAUGCCCCGUUCCUGGUCGCCAACGCCAAGAAGGUGUACGGAGCCUCGGCCGGGGCGCUCACCGCCACCGCCCUCGUCAGCGGCGCCUGCCUCGGUGAGGCUGGUGCCAGCAUUAUUCUGGUGUCAAAAGAAGCCCGGAAGAGGUUCUUGGGCCCGCUCCACCCCUCUUUCAACCUGGUGAAGACCAUUCGCAUGUUCCUGUCCAAGACUUUGCCAGAGAACGCGCACGAGGUUGCAGCAGGACGUUUGGGUAUUUCCCUGACACGGGUCUCUGAUGGAGAAAAUGUGAUCCUGUCAGACUUCAAUUCCAAGGAGGAGCUGAUCCAGGCCUGUAUCUGCAGCACCUUUAUCCCUGUCUACUGUGGGCUGAUACCGCCAACCUUGCGUGGAGUGAGAUAUGUUGAUGGAGGGAUCUCUGACAAUUUGCCCCAAUAUGAGCUGAAGAACACAAUCACGGUGUCUCCGUUCUCGGGAGAGAGCGACAUCUGCCCACGGGACAGUUCCACAAACAUGCAUGAGCUGAGAGUCACCAAUACGAGCAUCCAGUUCAACCUUCGCAACCUCUACCGCCUCUCAAAGGCCCUGUUUCCCCCAGAGCCACAGGUGCUGCGGGAUAUGUGCAAGCAGGGCUAUCGAGAUGCACUGCACUUCCUGAAGAAGAAUGGUCUCCUUAAUCGUCCAAGUCCUGCCCGUCCUCUCCUUGCCAUAGAAGCACCUCCAGGGGAGAAGAAAGAGGAAGAAGCAGAAGCUGAGGACCAACUAGAGGACAACACUGCCCUUGCUGUUGUUGAAGAGCACAUCUUUGAACACUUGCCUCCCAGACUGAACCAAGCUCUCCUGGAGGCUUGUGCUGAAAGAAGUAGUUUCUUGACUGGCCUCAGCAACAUGCUGCCUGUGCGUGUGGCCACGGCCAUGAUGGUCCCCUACAUGCUGCCUCUGGAGUCUGCAGUUUCCUUCACUGUCAGGUUGCUGGAAUGGCUCCCAGAUAUCCCUGAGGAUAUAAGAUGGAUGAGGGAGCAGAUGACAGGAAUCUGCAACUAUCUUGUGAAGAAAGCCAAGAAGAAACUGGGCAGCCAUCUUUCUGCCAGGCUUUACUACCACCUGGAGCUUGGAGGGCCUCAGAAGCUGCCAAUUUCUCCGCCGCCACCUUGUGGUGAUGCACUGCCCAUGUGGAUAAGAAGCAACCGCUCGGUUUCCGAUGUCAUGAUGAAGUGGGAGGAGUAUCAGCGCCAGCUCAUGCUGGGCUUGCUCUGCAUCAACGUGGACAUGCAAGCCUCCCUCUUCCCUCGGGAAGGGUUUCAGCUAAAGCUUCCACCUCUAGACUGUGCAAAAGAGUGCCUGCCACUCUUCUGAGCUUGCUGCUGUGAGGGGACGAGGGUGGACGGGAAGGGGAACAGACACAGGGUGGGACCAGUCUCAUCCCUCCACAGCAGGCUGCCCCUUGCUCCUGAAUAUGCUGCAAAGGGGGUUUCCCCGGGAUGGAGACUGAUGGAAUUGACUGUAGCCAUUUGUUGCCCACUGGGCCAAGCAAGGGACCUUUGUGUUCACAGACACACACAGGCUGAUUCCUUGCUCUAGACUUGUGGUGAGGCCUGGCCAUUGCCCAUGGCCAGGCUGAUGCUGACCCAGCUGGGCUCUCCCAAGUAGUGCACUUUGAAUUGCCACUGGCUUUUUACCGCCAAAUAACCAGGAUGUAGAUGACGCUCUCAAGUUCAUACAGCUUUUACCUCCCUUGGUUUUUCAGAGCAUGUGUCUUGAUUCCUCUCCUUAAAUCAUCUGACAGCCCUUAGCUCUUUGUGCUACUGAAAGAUGAAGUAGCCUCUUGCCAAACCAAUUUUUCUCAUGGCUUUCAAAUCUCCUCUUGACUUCAUUCUCUGCUGAAACCAUGUCCUUUCCUCUCUCCCUUAAUUGCAUCCACACUGGAAGCCGGAGCUGGUCCUGCAGCAAACUACACUGGAACUGCAGAAGUGCAGGAAAGUCUUAUAUUUUUCCUGAUUCAUGUUGUCUGGGUCUCUCCCUUUUUUGAUUUGGGUCCUCAGGGAACUGCUUUGACUUGAACUCUGAGUGUUAAGUGAUUGAGCUUAUUCUUAUUUAAAGAAGUAAUUUUGACAGAUUAUCUUUUCCAGGGAAACAUGUUGAAUUUGAGGCCCUAUUCCUGACUCUGUGAAUGGAAUUGGUGUGAGGUUGCCCUGAAUAAAGCUCAGCCUGGCUAUCUCAGGAUCAGCUUAGCAGCUGAAGCAAUAUGAAGUGCUUGUAGGAAGAUGAGAAUUGUGCAGGGCAUGUUAUUUUGGAGAGGUUUGUGGUGGAGUGUCACAGCAAGUGCUGGGGAGGUGGCUGCCUCUGACAGGGGUCAGUUGGGCUUUGCUCCUUAAGGGGCUGUAUAACUAAGGCAAAUUCCAGGUGGGUGAUACAGAAUGGAUCUCCUGCCAAACUGAGGCUUCUCUCUCUCUUUUGCUCAGAAAGUUUGGUUGUUGAGGCUUUGGAGUGAGAAGGAUUUAGGCUUGUAGCUAUGCCAGCAUCACAGCUUGACUGUUACGUGUUGUGGCUCACAGGUCCUGCUCUGCAGCUUGCAGCAGUAGGAGCAUGAGGAGUGAAGUUAAGACUGUUGAUGCACAUGCAGCCACUUGGAACUGGCUCCUCGUAAAAGACCAGAGCUAGUGGGUCUGUAGCAGAGCAGGACUCUGCCUUGAGGCACUGCCUUCUCAGCAGUGGUCUGGUGGUGGCUUGUGUGAGAAGCAUGAACUCCCUGCUCCUCACAGGGUGAGACCUGGCUUCCUGUGGGGAUUGCAUGAAUUUAAGCUUAGGUCUUCACACUCUGACAAACUCAGCUCCUGAUAUCUUUUUCUGCUGCUUGUCUUGCUGUAUGAGGCGUCUUCUACCUCUCCGAGCACAAACAGUGUGCAAUGGCCAAAGCAAACAUAUGCUGUCUCUGCUGGGGAGCAGGACAGGCUAUCUGAACCUGAUUAUGUAGCCUAUACAUGGAAUAGAGAUUUUUGAUAGACUCUGUUUUGCUCUGUUUAGAUUUAGGAAGGGACAAUAAACCCAGAAGUUGUGCUAAUAACUGGAGAAAGUAGUAAAUCUUCAUGAGCAGUGUGGGUGACGGGAUGGGUGCUGUUUCCUACAAGCACAGUUGUGCACUGGGCAUGGGUUUGGUGUUGUGUGGAGACUGAUAAGCAUCAGGACUUUCCUGCAGUGGCUGUGCCAAGCUGGGAGGCAAUGGAGUGGGCCUCUGCCAGUGCAAGAAUGAACUUGUGACUUAGAUUGUCACCCCACUGCCCUUGCUGGAUGUAACUUACCUAUGUAACACAAGGGCCUGUGUAGCUUACAAAGCAGGCCUGCACUUAUGCAGUCAGAUUUAGUCUUAAGCUUUGCAUAAUUAAGUCAGUUAGGGAACAAAGAAGUCACUACAGGAAGAGAAAAAAUUGGAGGAUUCUGAAAUCUGAAUAGAACAUUCAAUUACAAAACAAGUCAAUCUUGUGAUUGUUUAAAGCCCACAGAAAAAAAAUGCGAGAUGCUAGUGGAAGUGAACCAGCAACAAGCUACUAUCACUUAGUGGGAGCAGGAUGAAUUUCGUGAAAAUUGGAACUGAGAAAAAGUGUUCAUUUUGUGGUUUGGUAUGGGAUUUCUUUUCUUCCACUGUUUUGGACUACCUUCUUGGGGGGAAUGACACAUGCACAGCUACUUAGAUUGCUAAAUGCAUAUCUCUUGUCCCUAGUGCACACAGAGGAAUUGGCAAGAACAUAGAGAUAGUUAGAAGCAAGAAAUGAAAGCAUUUUAUCCAGAAGCAAAACAUCUGGGAGGGGCAAAACUGCAUAAGGAAAAUCCUGUGUUUAGAAGCUACUGCCCUUUUGACUCUGCCUUUUUUUUUUUUUCUUUUUUUUUUUUUUUUUUUUUUUUCCUUUUUUUUUUUUUCCUUUUUUUUUAGCUAAUAUAUGCAUGGAGAAAAAUGAUGCAAGUAUUUUUUUAUCCCUUCUUCCUGGACUGGUAAAACCACUGAGUGAUUAUGUAAACCACUAACUAUGAAACAAAAUACUCUUGGCAACAGAGUGUGCUGAGGUAGCAGCUUGCUACCCUUAUCCCUUGCCUUUUGCAUCAGAACUGACUGGUCUGGUGCCGCCUGGGCUGAUGCCACUGUCUUCCAGUGCUCUGAUCCAGAAGGCUUGGGCAUUCUGGUUCAUGCAUUUCAAGAGAGCAACAGCUGUGCCUGGUAAAAGGUCUGAGUUUUCACCUCAUCUGUAAUUUAAUUUAUUAUAUUAACUUUUCAAUGAGAAACUUUUGUACACUUCAAGCUAAACCACAAAUCAAGGCCUGGCUUUAAAAAUAAAGGUAUUAACUCUUCACAAGGAAAUCCCUGGUUUUCCUAUGGUAAUUUUCAGGGUAUGAAGAGAUACUGGGAAAGUACCACUUUGUAUUAACCUUUUCUUUGUAUUUCUUUAUUCCCCGAGUGAUACAAUGGCUAUUAUGUGAUAGCUGGUUAGCUUUAUAGAUUUGAGCUCUGAUAAAGGAACUGCAGAUCUGUCCAAAAUACCUCAAACUACCCUUAUUUUCCUUUUGAAAAGUUUCACCCAUUUGCUUGAAAUUCUUGCUGCUCAUUCAUCACAGAUUGCAAAGGAUGAAGGAAUUAGGGAAGAUCACCUUUCCCACUGAUGUAGAAAAGGGCUGUGUCAGCUUGGUGAGUGGAUUUUUGUUAUGCAGUGCUGCCUUGUCCAGAUGAGACCCCACUCUUUUUGAAAUCUCGGGAAGCCUUGUGAUAGGCUCUGGAUUGGGUAUGGAGGGGUUUAUUUGUGAUAGUGCUCACUGGAAGUGUUCAGCCCCUUGUUCUGUGUGUACCUCAUGGCAUGCGGAGUUAUCCUCUGGGCAGCCAUUGUGACUAACCCACACUUGCUGAGUCCAAAGGAGCAAGGCCACAUGUGGCAGUCAGUCCUUUCUCCAAAAGGUGUGGCUGGGCAGCCCAGCAGAGCCUGUCUGCUCUCCAGUGUAUGGUGAGUGGGAGGUCAGGUUCCUGGACAAAAAUUUAUCUUGCAUCUGUUUCCAAUGGUUCUUAUAGCAUUCAGUGGAUUCCUGCAGGAGUCCCAACCCUUGCCAUUUCCACUGUUUCACAUAAAGGGUCUGUGCAUUCAGCAAUCCACUUUUUUUUCCUUCCUGUGUUAUAACUUGCUGCUUUUAACAAGGGUAAUGGUGACCUUGUUGUGCAUCUAACCAGCCCCUAACCUGUACAACACUGUAGAGCUGUUUUCUGUACAACAGUCCAUGCCUAUGGCAUUCUCUGUAACCCACAAUUAGUGUGUAGUAUAAUUGGUUUGGUUUGCUGCCUGCCCUACUGCUAAUACUGUUGCAAGCUGAUUUUCAAGGGAUAGGAGAAAAUACUGACCACUAUGUAAAGGACCUAGGGAUUGUUUUCUCAUGGCCUCUUGGAAGGCUGUACACAGCAACACUCAGACCAGAGGAAAAAAGAGAAUCUGCUGUCUGCCAGCACUAGGAUGUCCCUAGUACUUUUAUAUUCCCCAGUGGUUUUAUGAAUUUAUAAAAAUUACCUAGUAAUUCAGUACUUCCUUGGAGAAAAGAGCUCUCACUUUCGCCAAAGCAGUUGUGAGAGAAAUACCUGAAACUCUGUGUGUUUAUUUCUUGGGGGGGAUCCAUUUCUACUAAACAUAUGCCAGCUGUGGUGGGUGGCAAGGCCACCAAAGUCAGAGGGCCUUGCCACCAGCUUUCUCAAGCUUUGUUUCUGUCUUCUCCUUAAAUCCGUGAGAGAAUGGAGCAUCUCACCUGGAUGCCAUGGCAGCCAGCUGGUUUGUGCCAAGCACAUGCUGUGCCUUCACAGUGGGCUCUGGCCUCCUGUUCUCUGGUGUCUGCCUUUCUGAGCAGCAUGACUCGCUCCCCUCUCCUCUCCCUCCUUCCCCUUGUGUGCUGGUGGGACAUUGCUUCUUUUCCGACCUGCAGCUCCACUGGGACAGCCCCUAACUGCACCCGUCUCACUCUGUGGAUCCACACCAGCCCUCCUGCACAGGGAAGACAAAACUCUAGUUCUAAACACAAGACUUGGAAAUGUAACUUUGAAAUAAAUACCUCGCACUUCUGGGAUUUUCUCUUGUUCUUGAAAACAGCAUCUAAAGCAGCUCUUUGAGCUUGGUGUGUCCUGGGACUCCACUGCUGCCACUGAUUUUGAGAAGACCCUUAAGCACACACCACAUGUGGAGGUCCUGUGGAAAUUACUGGUGUCAGAGCAGCAACUAGACCAGCAAUAGCAUACACAAGUUAUGUAUUUACGUGGCAAAGUCACUAAGUAGUGUUCACAGUCACUUUAAAAGUUCAGUAUUAAAUUGUUGAUGGCUUUUUUUUCUUCCUGUUUCUAUUUUCUAAUGUUUUGCUGAAGAAAAUGUAACUAUUUAUUUUGGCAGAAAUAUAUCUUCUAAUAAAAACUUUCUCAGUAUA